UGGGGCGUUUUCAGGCAGAUUCAGCCCAUUUGGGCUCCCCACGGUUUCCUGCUGUUUCCUGGAGUUCUCCAGGAUCCUCAAGCACCCCCGGAGCCCCUUCUCCCCCCGGUUGAGGGACUGCCAGCGCUGUCCCCCCACCCGUGACAGCCAGUCCCGGAGCUGAGCUCCACAGACGCGUCUCCAAGGGCUCAUACCUGCGCAGAGCCUGCUGCCCGAGCACCCCAGGGUGCUGAUCCCAGCCGUCUGGAUCCCCUCUGGUGACAGCAGCAGGGGAGCGAAGGCGACUCCUUGACCGCAGAGAUGAAAGCCUGGAUCUGCGAUUCGGAGCAGAAACUGGAAAUUUUCAUCCCUUUUCUGGGCAAAUCCCGUCCAUUCUUGGGGCGUUGCUGUCAGACCUGCACCCCAAAGAGCUGGGAUGAUUUCUACUACAAGCAGGUCUCAUCUAUCAGGCUCCGCAACACCAUCCGCGUGACGGAGGAGGACACACGGUACCGGGGCUGGCUGGUCCGAAGGGUCUGUGGUUUCCUCGCUGUCUGGGAGUGGAAGAUUCCUGCUGACACCCCUAGAGACCUCCCCGCGAGGAUCUGCCGCAAUAGGAGGGUGCGGGAUGUUGCUACCGGCCGGUCCCGUGGCUUGAGAGGGGACAGCGAGUCCCACCAGCGGUGGAAGGAGAAAGUACUCGAGAUCCUGGCUGAAAUCCAGGCCCCGCUCUCCCCUCUGCUGCUGAGGCUAUGCAACUGGGCUCUGCUGAAGCUCCUGAACCACCUUUUCUUCAGCGUGCAGCUCCACCAAGGGCAGCUGGAGAUGGUGCUGAAGGCCGCCAGAACGCCCGACGUGCCGCUGGUUUUCCUCUCGACGCACAAAUCCCAGCUGGACGGGCUGCUCCUCUCCUCCCUCCUCUUCUCGCAGGGGCUGGGGGUGCCCAGGGUGACGGUGGGCAGCCAGCUCUGCAGCCCCCGCCUCCGAGCCUUGCUCAGCCGCCUGGGAGGGAUUUUCCUGCCUUCGAGGAUGGUGCAGAUGCUGAGUGACUGGGACGAAGAGCUCCCAGGAGCUGUCCUGGCUGCGUACGUUGAGGAGGUGCUGAGGAGCCGUCAGCCUCUGCUCAUCUUCCUGGAAGAGCCCUCCGUCACCCAGUGCCUCUCUGCCCCUGCCUGGGAGUGGCUGGCCCUGGUGUAUCAAGCCAUGCGGGACGGCGCCAUCCGCGACGUCAUCCUGGUCCCUGUGGGCAUCGCCUACGACGUGGCCCCCGGUGGUUUGCGCCAGCGAGGAGCGCGCGGCGCUCGGCCGCUCGGCAUCGGCGCCUGUCUCUGGGCAGCGUGCCGGGCCCUGUGCCGAAUCCGCGGGUGCGCCCGGGUAGACUUCGCCCAGCCAUACUCCUUACAGGAGUUUGCAGCCCAAAACCUCACCAGGCAGAGCUGCAAGGGGGAGCUGCUGGAGGAGCUGCUGCUGCCCACCAUCCUCGGCAGGAGCCCCAGCCAGCUGGAUGGCAAGAAGGCAGAGAUUUGGGGUCCUGGCCCCACAACGGCCGCCGGCUUGGAGGCAGAAGAGGAAAUGUUGGUGACCAAGCUGGGCCUGCACUCCCUGAGCGACGGCGUUGCCUGCUCCGCCAUCAUGGCUGUGGGGAUCACGUCCACGCUGCUGCUGCACAAGCACCGGGAGGGCGUCUUCUUCUCCCAGCUGAUGCUGGACUUUGCCUGGCUGCUGGAGGAGAUCCUGCUGCGCCAGCGCGACGUGGGCUUCUCAGGGCAGCUCCGUGUUCUGGUGCAGCACAGCCUCCUCCUGCUUGAAUCCCACCUCACCCUCUACCACCUCUCCCCUCUUGGUGACAUCCUGGUGGUCCCCAGGGUCUCGGCGGAGGCCCUGAGUGAGCUGGGCCACCACAGUGCUGCCCUCCUGCCCGUCUUUGCCAGCGAGGCGGUGGGAGCCUGCGCCAUCCUCGCCUUGCUGAUGGACAUGCUGCCUUUCCUGGAGACGACCGUCAGAGCCUCCGGCAUCGUGUUCAGCCACGACGAGCUGUACCACGAGACCCUGGAGCUGCUCCUGCUGCUGCCCCCAAACCUGCUGGGGUUCCAGCCCUGCCAGUCGCUCGACUUGCAGAGCCUGGACAUCGUGGACAAGCUCAUCCUCUGCGGGCUGCUGGAGGCUGAGGAGGUGGGUGCUUCCUGGGACCCCCUCCCCAUGCUGGGGACGGCUGGCUCAGCCCUUACUGCAGCCUCCCGUCCUGGCUGGGAAGGCACUGGGGUCCCCGUGGGGUGGAACUGGAGGCCCCCACACGUGGCUUGGCUGGAGAGCGAGUGCUCAGACUGUGACUUGGCCCUGUGGCCCUUCCACAAGGGUUCGCACUGGGUGACGAUGGACUUCAGUGACAGCGAUAGCGAGGAUCAGGUCCCCAGGCGCUACUUCAAGCUCAAGGAGCCCCAGGGCUCGCCCGGCUUCCUCCUCUUCCUCUGCCGGCUCCUGAGCCCCAUGCUGAGGACCUACGCCAGAGCUGUGGCUUUCCUGGACCACCCCAGCUGGCCCCAGCCCGAGGCAGCCUGCGGUGAGGCGCUGCUGCAAUUCCUGGCCGAGGAGGAUGGUUUCGAGCACCCGAGCAGGAGCGUAGCCCUGAGCUCUCUGCAGACCUUCAAGGAGAUGGGGGUGCUGGAGGAGGUGCAGACCCCCGCCGGCCCCCUGCUCCACCUCGGCCAGCCUUUCCAAUCCAGUGAGAGCCGGAAGAAGCUGGAAACCUUCAUCCAGCGCUUUGCCCUGCCAUGAGCACCGUCGCGGCCGCCAAUAAACCUGGGAGCAGGUACCGGA